CAGAUAAUGCUUGAGAUAUUGAAGUUGUGUUUUUAAUUUGCUCAUUGUCAGUGUUAACUAUUCUUAAUUUAUUAAUAACGUAUUAAUAAUGUGCACAGAGCGCACUAAAUUAUUAGCUGCUUGGGAGUUCAAACAGUCACAGCAGGAUUUGAGUGCAUUGGACGAAGAUUGGCUUUCUACUUUAUCACUUGAUGACCUACGACCGUACAGAAUUGAUAGAUUUUGGCGGCAAACUCGUAUAUUGGUCGCAUUUUUAUUAUGCUGCUUGUUUGGCGCUCUUUUAACAGCAGCAUGCAUAAGGGUCACCAUGACCGAAUUGACCUGCUUAUCGAAAUAUUUAAAUUCUACGCAACAUUCAUUCGGACCAAGUUCAUCUAAUGCAAAUUUAACAAAGAUCAUAAGUAAUUUAUAUGUUAUAUGA